AUGGUUCUUCGAUGGGUGGUCAACGCUGGCCUUUUGGCGAUUCCGAUCGGAGGCACCGUCGGAGCUUUGAUGGGAAUUGAUGCCCAUCGACAGGCUACAGGUCAGGCGCCGUUAUUCAGUGACGAUGGCUCGGAUUCGGGAUCAGGACCAGGUUCUGGUUCAGGGCCUGGUUCAGGGUCCUCGCCUCCAGGAGGUAGUGGUAGCACCACUCACAAUGGAGUCACAAACACACAGUUCUGUCAGCUAUCAUAUGGUAUCACGCCAUCCUCGAAGGGAGCGAGCUUUACCUUAAAUCCCAAUCAAUGGGGCGUGACAAGCGACACCGUCGGAUCAUUAUGUAUGAACAUCACCACAUUCGAAAAUGGAACAUAUCCAAGCAAGGUCACAGCUCCCGAAUUCUCCGUAACAUGGCAGUUCGACCCAGGUCCGGAGACUCAACCUGUGCACGCGUUCCCCAACGUCAUGGUCGAUGAUGUUCUACCCAUUCAGCUCGACAAGUUACAGGGAGUGAACGUUGAUUUCCACUGGACAUAUGGAUUUGGCGAACAGCCCGCGGAAACGACAAUGUUUGAGCAACUCAACACCUCCUCUCUCAACACCAACGUCGCCCUUGAUAUGUUCUUGCACAACGAUCCGAACACGGCACAGAAGAGUACUGAGGCCUCGCAUGAAGUCAUGGUGUGGUUUGCCAGAUUUGGCCCGGCGACGCAACCCCUUGGAUGGCCUAAUGCUGUUCAAACCAAGGUUUUAGAUGGGACGACAUUUGAGCUCUACGUCGGUAAGAACGGCCAAAAGCAGAACGUCAUGACGUGGCUGGCACCCGAACCAGCAGAAGACUUUACCGGUGAUCUCUAUCCUCUGAUCGAGGAUCUCUUCACGUUCAACGGUGAUAUCUACCCCUCAAGAAGCGACUAUAUGGGUGUGCUCCAGCUGGGCUCCGAGGCCUUCUCCUCUCCGAAGAACGUCACAUUCUCUGUACCCAAAUUCUCGAUCGACCUAAAGCACACAUAA